GGACAGGCACACAGGGAGGAUCAGUGUCACAGGGAGAGGGAGAGGGAGAGGGAGAGGGUUACAGGGACACAGAGUGAGAGAGUGAGAGAGUGAGAGAGAGAGAGAGAGAGGGGGACAGGGGUCUGUACACAGGGAGUGAGUGAGUGAGUGAGUGAGUGAGUGAGUGAGUGAGUGAGUGAGUGAGUGAGUGAGAGAGAGGGACAGGGGUCUGUACACAGGGAGUGAGAGAGAGAGAGAGAGAGGGACAGGGGUCUGUACACAGGGAGUGAGAGAGAGAGAGAGAGAGGGACAGGGGUCUGUACACAGGGAGUGAGAGAGAGAGAGAGAGAGGGACAGGGGUCUGUACACAGGGAGUGAGAGAGAGAGAGAGAGGGACAGGGGUCUGUACACAGGGAGUGAGAGAGAGAGAGGGACAGGGGUCUGUACACAGGGAGUGAGAGAGAGAGAGGGACAGGGGUCUGUACACAGGGAGUGAGAGAGAGAGAGAGGGACAGGGGUCUGUACACAGGGAGUGAGAGAGAGAGAGGGACAGGGGUCUGUACACAGGGAGUGAGAGAGAGAGAGGGACAGGGGUCUGUACACAGGGAGUGAGAGAGAGAGAGGGACAGGGGUCUGUACACAGGGAGUGAGAGAGAGAGAGGGACAGGGGUCUGUACACAGGGAGUGAGUGAGAGGGUCAGAGAUUCAGAGAGAGACACAUAGAUAGACAGAGACACACACAAACAUAAGGGACUCUGUCAUUAAGAGAGAGAGACAGACAGGCACACGCAUACAGGGACUCUGACAUUGAGAGGAGGUGUGACUCCGAGAGAGAGAGAGACACGUGCACAGAUACAGAAAGAGACUGUCCUUGAAAGGAGGAGAGGCAGAGGCAGACACCAGAGGGACUCUGAUAUUGAGAGGAGGAACCAUCGGAGAGAGGAGGAGAGGCAGAGACUAAGCCACUGAGCCUUGUGCUCUGAGAAAUUCGGUCUCUUGUGAGCCUUGCACUGAGACGGUGACAGAGGGGCUGAGGCUGAGAGAACCCGCCAACAUGGUCAGCGUUUUCCUGUUCGUGCCGAACCUCAUUGGUUACAGCCGCAUCAUCCUGGCCCUGAUUGCAUUUUACUUCAUGCCGAGUGACCCAGUGUUGGCCACUUGUUUGUACCUGCUCAGCUCCUUCCUGGAUUCACUGGACGGACAUGCUGCCCGGUUGCUGAACCAAUGCAGCAAGUUUGGAAUGAUGUUGGAUAUGUUGACUGACCGAUGUGCCACCAUGUGUUUGCUGGUGAAUCUCUCCCUCCUGUACCCUCGUUACGUCUUCCUAUUUCAGCUCAGUAUGAUCCUGGACAUCAGCAGUCACUGGUUACACUUACACAGCACCAUGAUGACGGGGAGCAGCAGCCAUAAGAAGAUUGACCUGAGUGGAAAUCCCAUCCUCCGUGUUUACUACACCAAUGUGAAAGUCCUAUUUGUGAUGUGUGCCGGUAAUGAGCUCUUUUACGCGAUGCUUUACCUCUUGAGUUUCAUGGAGGGUCCUGUAGUACCUCUCCUGAAUAUAGGCCUGUUCCAACUCCUGCUGUACAGUUCCUUCCCGAUCUGCCUCAUCAAAACAGCCAUCAGCAUCGUCCACCUGAUCACAGCAUCUCGCAACAUGGCGGCCAUAGACCAAGCAGAGGGUGAGAGGGGCCUUACAACCUGUAAGCUGGACUGAACGCCAACAGGAACGUGUAUCUCCCCCCCCCACCACCUCACCAACCUCAACAGUGUGUCCCAGUCCAAGGAAACUAUCCCAGUGCUAUUCUGCACCCUCUGUGUGUCCGUGUGAGAAAUGACAGGCACCUUCCCCCCUAUUCCUGCUGCCAAGUGCAGCCACUUACUGAAGGAAAUGUUUUACCGGAGAUGUGUUAAUAAACCUGUCCAGCAUUGAGAGUCGUCUCAAUGUCUUUGCGAUGAUAAAGUGGAGUGGGCCGCAGUGGGACAGACAGAGAGAGGGUGUGGGUGCGGGUGGAGAGGCUGUGUGGCCGUGUGAAAGGAGAGGAAACCGAUCUCUGUCCAAAGGAAUGUUUGUUCCUCACCCUCCCACCGCCUCUGGCUAUAAUCUCAGCCUCUGUUCGCGACUCCGCUUGGGAGGGGAAUCGGCAGGAACGUUGGUGACGGAUAAUACCAAUGUCCGAGUUACCUCUGCCUCAGUGCACAGAGAAGGGAGGGAAUUAACCUCUUCCCACUCUCUUUAUAUCUCCCUCGUUCCCCAUCUCACGCUCUCUCUCUCGCGUGUUUUCUCUCUUGUAUUCUCUCUCACGCUCUCUUUCCCCCCCCUCCAAUUCCUCUCUCGAUGUGACUGUGACAGGUGGAAAGUGCUGACAAUCCAGCCACCCCCUCCCUCCCACCCCCUUCCUCAAGUCACACUAUUGAUGGGUUUACUGUCAAACAGUGAAGCAGCCCAUUGCUUUCCUCUGGGUCUCCUAUCCAGAGAGAAAGGAAUGUAGGUCUGGCUUCUCGCGUGAGGACCCAUUUGUCUGUUCGCUGUAAUCGGAGCUUAUUCUGAAAUUAACGUUGUGUAGACUGGUUAGGUUCUGAGCUGUGUAUCUCCUCCAUCUCACAACAGAAACAGUCGUGAUGCAAUAAGGCAAGAGGUGAUUGUUAAAGUGCAAAAGGGGAAUAAGAUCCUAGCCCACAUGAAUAGAAUAUGAUGUUUCCUCACAUCUACUGUUUCUCGUGUUGAUGAUGUCGAAUAGCUGGUAAAUGGGGCCAGUUCUGAUCACAAUGACCUUGGGUCCGAGUCUAUUCCAGUCUUACCAAGUUGACAGAAAUAUUGAUCUUUGAAAACUCUUACCAGGUUCCUCAGUAACUUGUACUGGGAACAGGGUUUCAGGAGUAAAACUUGCAGCUUCUAUCUCCCAUAUUGGACUGUAAAUGGGGUCUGAAAUGCCAAAUUCUCAAGCCAGGCUGGGUUUCUAGGCAACAGUUACCAAAGGUAACAAGCCCUACCUAAGGUGGGGUUUCCCAAGGCAGAGGGUUAUCCGAAGGGCAUGCAUGGGAAGUAUUUCAGUUAAUCAAAUACCGGUUAACACAGUUGGCCACGCACCGGGACAUGGCGAUCUUGUUCAGAUUGUCCGAAGAUAAUCGAGGUUCCUCUGUACUCAAAACAUUAAGCCAUGUCUGUUAUCUCUUCGAAAGUUCUUUGCUUGGCUGUUUCUUCAAAGUUAUUUUUUUUUCAAAUUCACUGCGAGGGUUGGGACAUCACUGGGUAGGCCAGCAUACAUUACACAUCCCUAAUUGCCCCCUGCCCCGGGCAGCUGAGCAUCAACUGCCUUGGUGUAGGUCUGGAGUCAGUUGGGUUCUCAUGAUCAAUCCACAAUGCUUUUGUGGUUAUCGCUAGAUUGACUGAAUUCAGAUCCCAACAUUUGCUGUGGUCGGUUUCGAAACCCAGCUCCCUGGCACACAGCGUGGUUUUCCUGGAUUCAGAGUUUAAUGAUAAUGUUACUAGGCCGUAGCUUCCCCUUGCCCCUUAAUUAGAAAUGGCUGUUGGCUUAUAGCUCAGAUUAAACUGCUGCACUCAAGGGGAAAAGGUACCGGUUUUAAAUCAAGGAAGGUAGAAGACAGAGGGUGAUGGUGGAGAGUUGUUUUUCAGACUGGAGGCCUGUGACCAGUGGAGUGCCACAAGGAUCGGUGCUGGGUCCACUACUUUUCGGCAUUUAUAUAAAUGAUUUGGAUGUGAACGUAGGAGGUAUAGUUGGAUGGUGACACCAUAAUUGGAGGUGUAGUGGACAGUGAAGUAGGUUACCUCAGAUUACAAUGGGAUCUUGAUCAGCUGGGCCAAUGGGCUGAGGAGUGGCAGAUGGAGUUUAACUUGGGUAAACGUGAGGUGCUGCAUUUUGGGGAAAGCAAAUCUUAGCAGGACCUGUACGCUUAAUGGUAAGGUCCAAGAGUGUUGUAGAACAAAAGUGCAGGUUUAUAGCUCCUUGAAAGUGGAGUCGCAGGUAGAUAGGGUAGUGAAGAAGGUGUUUGGUAUGCUUUGCUUUGGUCAGAGUAUUGAGUACAGGAGUUGGGAGGUCAUGUUGUGGCUGGACAGGACAUUGGUUAGGCCACUGUUGGAAUAUCGUGUGCAAUUCUGGUCUCCUUCCUAUUGGAAAGGGGUUGUGAAACUUGAAAGGAUUCAGAAAAGAUUUACAAGGAUGUUCCAAGGAGAGGCUGAACAGGCUGGGGCUGUUUUCCCUGGAGCGUCAGAGGCUGAGGGGUGACCUUAUAGAGGUUUAUAAAAUCAUGAGGGGGACAUGGAUAGGGUUAAUAGACAAGGGGUGAGGGAGUUCAGAACUAGAGGGGCAGAGGUUUAGGGUGAGAGGGGAAGGAUGUAAAAGGGACCUAAGGGGUAAUUUUUUCAGCCAGAGGGUGGUGUGUGUGUGGAAUGAGCUGCCAGAGGAAGUGGUGGAGGAUGGUACGAUUCCAUUUAAAAAGUACGCGGAUGGGUAUAUGAAAAGGAAGGUUUCAGAGGGAUAUGGGCCAAGUGCUGGCAAAUGGGACGAGAUUAAUUUCAGAUAUCGGUGUGGACGAGUUGGGCUGAAGGGUCUGUGUCCGUGCUGUGCAGCUUCUCUGACUCGAAGUUGUAUAAAAAGGUUCAAAACCAUAUAACUGAAGCCCCUGGCAGAUUGUAGCCCCGAUGUUAGUGGGUGAGAGCAGGGAGGGGGCGAGUCCAGGUACUCUGUGUGCAUGUGUGCACUCCAGCACAGUAGCUAUGUGUGCGCUGGAUCCUCAGCAGAGCUUACUACAGCCUAGUACAGGCAAUCCAGCAGAAACCUCCUUUCCUGUGAAGGAAAGUGACCCAUUUCUGCCUGGGUAGAAAAGGACACGAAAAUCUCUAGCUGCUACCUCUGCUGCCUCGUGUUGUUUAGAAAGAGCCAGCAGCAACAGAAAUAAAACCAUUCAUUGCCGUCUGUGAUCAGAACUGGUGCUAUUGAACUGUGCUUCUCUUUUAUUUCCCCAAUCCCUUUACAGUAUUCACGUGGUCUUUGUUCAUGUGCGACUCUGUGGAAAUGUUGUGAAUGGGGGUAGAGUUCAAGUCACACAGUUAUAGAUCAGUAAAGUCCACUUAUUUACUUCUCACCUUAAGCUGCAAGGUUAUUUCCAAUAAAUAAUGGUUUUUGUCAA